AUGGCGCCCGUCCAUUCGCUGCAAGCUCCUGCAAUUCCUUAUCCUCAUUUUCUUCGGCAGAGGCCUGGUGUCUGGAGUUUUCAUGCGCCUCCUACAAUCCAAUGUGCGGAUUUGAAAGGAUUCGACGUGUACGCUGGGGACCUCUGCUUGUUCGGAGGAUGCGUUGCAUGCCGCGGGGUCCAACGUCACGAAGACUCGAGUGAUCACGUUUAUGUCUACGCCAACAUUUCGUUGGACAUGAGUGGUACCAGCAAACCAAAGACGGUAGAUUACUCAGUUAUGCUCGAUGUAUACUGGAUAGAUCACUCCGUCGAGUGGUAUGACCAUCAGCUUACUGCCAGUGCCUCUGUCGGAGAUGAUACUAUUUCGCACAGCUGGUGGCGGAUUCAUUGGGAUGAGCAUGAGCAUAACAAGUUUACACCAGAUUCAGACAAGACGAGGCUUGAGAGAACCGGAAGCAGUCGAGUAUCCUACUCUGACGAAGACCCAAAUCUCGCCUUUCUAUUUGUCAAAGUGGAUCUGGAACUGCCCUCAAACUAUGGGUUCGGACUCCUUCAAGUGAUGCAACUUCUCAAGUUUGAGAUUGAGCGACCGGCAAUUGCGACAACUAUGCCUCCGCCCACGCACACGCAGACAUCUCCCCCACUUGCCACGACAGUAUUCCUUCCUCUACCCAAUGGCAGAUCAUCUGCACCAGGACCGCUGUUGGUAUCAGUGGAGGUAAUGGGAAUUGUGUCCAUGCUGAUAUUAAUUAUGUGUAUGCUGCUAUACGCAUAUGAGCGCGUCAAGCGGCUUCAGAGAUGGGAAGUACCGGACGAGCGUCGUCCAUUGCUCCCUGGUGAUCAAAAUAGGGCAGAAUAUGAGCGAGUAACCAUGUGGAGGCAAUUGAAAACGCAGAUUCUUCGCACGUCCGCUAGUACUACCGAAGUCUGCCGCCCGUUGAACAGUGGGUGA